GCACGCCAUAUUGUAACCACUAGUGGUGCAUUGAAAGCGGCGUGCCAGUCCGAUCUCGUUCGUUGUUUCGAAUGUUUUCCUAGUUUUGGCAGUAAAAUGCGGGAUGAUUUGGAAUUUAAUGUUCGCUUUGUCGAAUUAGUUGAAUCAAAACCAUGUUUAUAUGAUUAUAAUCGAUCUGAUUAUUGCAACAGAACUGCACAAGAUGCUGCCUGGAAUGAAAUCUCGAAAACAAUUAAGGAAACAGCGAAGAAUGUAUAGCUUGCCUGCAAAAAACUAAAGCCUAAGCCAUCGAGUGGUCCAGACGGAAUCCCGACAUACAUUGUGAAAGACUGCAUUAGAGCUUUUGUUAAGCCUCUAUGUCAAAUUUUCAACAAAUCGCUUAAAGAUGGUGUCUUUCCGGACUGCUGGAAGGCCUCCAUGCAACAACAUAUCUAAAGAAAGCCUGCCAAACGCGGACGCAUCAGGUGCCAAAGAGCAGUCCCAACAGCAGUCCAAAACGCAAAAGGACAAAGAAGAUAAACAAGAAGAAAUGGCAGUACCAGGAGGAUCUGGUGAAAAAGACGAUUUCAGUGACAUUGUCGAUUAUAUUAUGUUGACCAGCAGUGAACGAGUGAAAUACAGAGAGGGAGUUGGUAGAGUCCAUCCUGUGAUCAAGAAUAAGGUUUAUAGUGGCAAGAACCCUACGCUGGGGCAACUGAAAGGACUCAAACUCAGGAAGAACUCAACUUUACUGGAGCAUUUUCACUAUCAAAUAUCACAAAAUGAACUGUAUCCUGUUGGUAGCUCACUUAUCGACGCCGUCCUCCAUGAGAUGAUCACCGAACCUAUAACACACGUAGCACAAAAAACUGGAGGUACUCAACUGAAGCUCAUCAUAGAUUACGAAAAUGGGAUGCAGGCACUUUUCAAACCUAUGCGGUUCCCCAGGGAGCAACAGACCCUUCCCAAUCACUUCUAUUUCACGGACUACGAACGUCACAACGCCGAGAUCGCCGCUUUCCAUUUGGACAGGCUUCUGGGCUUCAGGAGGGCAAUGCCAGUAACAGGACGGAUCCUCAACAUGACAACUGAGCUGUAUCAGAAGGCAGACGGGGAUCUGCUGUACACGUUUUUCAUUUCUCCAAGUGACAAUAUGUGCUUCCAUGGGAAAUGUUCUUAUUAUUGUGAUACAUCGCAUGCUAUUUGCGGUCACCCUGAUACGUUAGAAGGCAGCUUUGCGGCAUUUUUACCUCCUAGUAAGAUUGCACCGACAAAGGCAUGGAGGCAUCCUUGGCGAAGAUCCUAUCAUAAAAGACGGAAAGCGCAAUGGGAGACAGAUCCGGACUACUGCCAAUUGGUAAGAGAGAUUCCACCAUACGAUAAAGGCAGAAGACUGCUGGAUUUAAUGGACAUGUCCGUCUUCGAUUUUCUCACGGGGAACAUGGACAGGCACCACUAUGAAACUUUCAAAAUAUUUGGCAACAACACGUUUACUCUCCAUCUGGAUCAGGGUAGGGCUUUUGGAAAACCGUUCCAUGAUGAAUUCUCUAUCCUAGCUCCAGUACUACAUUGUUGUCUCUUACGGCAAUCUACGUUGGAGACUCUGAUCAAGUUCCACAAUGGUCCGGUAAAGUUGAGCGAAGCAAUGAGACGCAGUAUGAAAAAAGAUCCCGUGAACCCAAUUCUAUGGGAACCCCAUUUGGUAGCCUUGGAUCGACGAGUCGAAAUCAUCCUCAAGGCUAUCAGAGAUUGUAUCACCAAGGGUGAAAACCCUGCAGCCAUGGAUGAAAGUACCGUCAUCGUUAAAGAUGAUUAGGACAACAAUAUUUGACUGUUUAGGGUGUUUGAAAAGUGUAUAUAUGCUAAAUCUGUUAUGAUUCUCCAGUCGGUUACUCACUUUCUAGUUCUAGGUAGUAAAAAUUGGGCCCUGCUUUACAAAGAAAUUAUAUUCUUGGAGUCAAACAAAAGGUCCCCCAUCUAGGGAUACACUAGCUUUUGCUGAGUUUUCGUCAAACGCCGAAGAGGCAAAAUUAGUUCUUUGUGUAUUGUAUUUAAAACAUUCUGUAGAAUCUGUUGCUAGAGAGGUCGCAAACAUUUCAAGAAGCUGAGUGACAAUUAUAAAUUUGCAGAUACUGUUGAGCAGUUUUGUUUUCCCGUAACAAAUAAAUUUGGAAAUCGUUUUUUUCGCAAUAAUUGUCACAAUUGUUCGAGCAUAUUAAACUUUAGGUGUCACUUAGAAAGUCUCUACAACUAUUCUGUUAACUAAUUUAACCAAUAAUUCCUUGUUUUUUGAAUAUAUGCGAAAAAAUAUUUUUUUAGCUUCAAUGUUUAACAAAAAAAGUUACCCAUCAACAUUUUUUGUAUUUUCAGAUGGGAGCCUUUUUCUUUGCUCUGAAGAAUAUAUCUCCAUUGUAAAAUGCAUCUAUACAAUUCUUUUUGAAAAUCUAGAUAUAUUGGUUCUAUUGGCUCCUCGAUAGACAAGGACUGUUAAAAACGUACCGUAACCACGGCAUACGGGGAUGUAUAUGAUAAUUUAAAUGAUAUUUUUCAGACAUUAAGAACAUUUUUAUUAUUUAUUUUCUUGUUUUUUAUGUUAUAACGAAUUUGUUUAUAUAGGCCUAAAUGAGUGGGAAUAUCUAGAUUUAAUAUUAAGUAUGAUAAGUGAGCUAGCAAAAGCAACUUGUGAUAUGUAAAUAUAGUUUAUAGUAAAGCUUAGCCUUCGUGUUGUAGAGUGAGGCAAUGCAAUCAUGAUUUUAUCAUAUAUUCCUAGAAGACAACUUCUCAACUUUCAUGUUUGCAAAGCAUAACCCAAAAAAUAUGGCACUUCAUGAAAUUUAAUCCAAUGCAAGAUCUAGCUAGUUUAAUUUUCAUCGAAAUUGAGUUACACGCAUUUUUUAAAUGUUGCGUCUUUAGCUUCAUUAGGAUUUUUACAGGGAAGGAUCCCAAAGUCCCAAAGGGUUCUAGGUUUUUUCUUGUAGUUAAUUUGUUCUCCACUUUAGUGUUAGUGCAAGCAGUUGUUCUUCCUUAUCAAAAAAUUUGGUCUAACGUACUCAGCCGGUUCUUGGCACUGGGUUAUGAUUGUGAUUGUAUUUCUGUUUCUAUGUAAAUUGGAUCAUUUUCAAAUUUUGUUUAAUCAACAUUACUAUAUAACAUACAUUAGUACAGAUAUAGUGUGGCCUAUGCCAAUUAUAUGCAUGCUUUUUCUAAAUCAUUUAGAAAAUUAUUUCUUGAUCCAGAAACGUACAGAAAAUUGUUGUAGCGUAGAUGAGUCGACAUCAUUUAUAUUUGUGAAUUCAGGUAUUUGCGAUUCGAUUUCUUUGUAGGUGAAUUAACUGCGCAAACACCUUUUGAGGAACUUUUAGAAAAAUAUAUUUAUACUUAAGUGAAUGCCUGAUUUUAUGAUGAAAACUAAGCAAGCACUCAUAUUCUAACGUAAAAUUAUAUCAUUUCUACUUCUUCUACUACUAAAAAUAUUCCAUCAAAAACGUUACAGGGGAAAAUGUACCAGAAAAAUGUAGAACUCAUUAGGUUUCACUUUACAAUAUUGUUUAUGUUUAUACUAUGAUAAUCUGUGAAAAAUCUAGUCUAGUUUUGCUAAGAGUUCAAAUAUAUUUUAUUGCUUACGUACAUUUGUACAUGUACAAUUAAAUAUUAAAGUCGAAAAGUCGUGUAUAUAUACCAAUUUCGGUUUUGGUAACAUUAUACUUGUAUGUGUUGAGCUGUAUGAACUUUAUUUUAAUCAAAGCAACGUCCAAAGAUGUAAGUAUAUUUGAAUUCAUAUGGUGCGCAUCAGUGUUGAACAUGUUUUAGUAUAGUGGCCUAAAUCCAUUUAAGUCAUGAUAAAGCACAAAGUUCGAGACGUAAAACAACUUACACUUAUUCCUUUGGAACAAUAAUUGUUCACUCUUCAAUUGGUAUUUUGAAAUAUGUAUACAAUAACAUGUAUUGGGAGUUUGUUAAUUAAAUUUGAGUAACAUUCAUGUUAACUUUUUAUUUGUGUAAAUAUAGCGUUUUGUAAAAUAUUGUAUUUAUGUAAAAAAUGUAUCAAACUCAUUGGACCUACUUACUCGACCUUAUCAUGUUAUAUAUACUCUGAUUGAUACAUUUGUAUAUUAUGUGGCUUAGAAUGUAAUACCAAAGUUGACUGUUACUAUUAUGAUCAAUUAAAUAAAAAAAUAAGAUGCA